AUGAAACUGUGGCAUCUAAAAAACGAUCAACUUUAUGUUCAAAUUAAGGAUCAAUUGCUUCGGCGUUUCGUUCCUGCGUGGGACUUGGAGUUUCGUCAAUCUUUAUUUAACCAAUUUCAUGACAAUGAUCGCCAUAUUAAUGCGAACGAUUGUCACAAGAAAAUUAUGGAAAUAGAUGUGCAAGAAACACUACCAUCACCACAAUCUGUAAUCAAUCAUCUAGAGAAGGUUUCAGUUCUUCACGAUGAAGUUAACAAGCAACUUGACAAAACUAGGAAACAAAUGCAAAAACGUUCGAGUGUUCACCACCGCAAUAACCCUUAUGAGUCUAGUCAGCUAGUAGCCAUAGCCCCUGAUACUGAUAUGAACCCAACAACCUGA